GAGCAGAGAAGAGCAGCAAUGGAAGGCUUUUGGUUGUCCCUGGGACACGACACUUGUGCCGUGGAAGCGUUCCAACCCCCACGGGGAGACCGCCACGUACUUCUCCUCCGCCUCUCUACAAUCUCUCUCUCUCACUCGCACACAACACCAUUAAGCACCUCGUCUCCCAAAUCCACCCAUAAUCCUUGCUACACAAGUGAUCGAUCGCCUUUUCCGCGCAAUUCCCCCCCAAAUCAAUCCCACGCCGAUCCAUCAGCACUCGGGCCACCCGGCUGGGGUUCUCUUCUCGCUGUUCUUCAUUGUUGGGAGUGCAGGGAUCGAUCGGGCGGCGGGCUGAGAUCAGAUGGGAGGCGGUCGGAGGUUUUCGCCGCCGCCGCCGGCGGUGGGAUGGCGGCAGCGGAACAGGGCGCCAGCGGUGGUUCUGAUCGUGGCGUUGGUGAUGAUGGCGGAGUCGGCGGCGGCGAGGUUCGUGGUGGAGAAGAACAGCCUGCGGGUGACCUCGCCCGCGGCGCUGCGGGGCGUGUACGAGUGCGCCAUCGGCAACUUCGGGAUGCCGCAGUACGGGGGCACCAUGCACGGGGUGGUCGUCUACCCAAAGGCCAACGCCAAGGCCUGCGCCGACUUCCGCGACUCCGCCGGCCUCAACUUCAGCCCCAAGCCCGGCGGCCUCCCCGUCUUCCUCCUCGUCGAUCGCGGAGAGUGCUACUUCACAACUAAAGGAUGGAACGCGCAAACUGCUGGAGCUGCUGCGGUUCUUGUAGCCGAUGACAGAGUGGAACCCUUGAUCACAAUGGACACUCCAGAGUCUAGUGGCAAAGAGCACCUAGAGAACAUCAGUGUCCCUUCAGCACUAGUAUCCAAGAGACUAGGGGACGAUCUUAAGAACGCACUGCAAAACGGGGAUAUGGUAAAUGUGCUUCUGGACUGGAGGGAGUCUCUCCCGCACCCGGACGAGCGUGUCGAGUACGAAUUCUGGACGAACAGCAAUGACGAAUGUGGUGCCAAAUGUGACAUGCAGAUGAAUUUCGUAAGGAGUUUCAGAGGGAUAGCGCAGGUUCUUGAGCAAAGGGGUUACACCCAGUUUGCACCUCAUUAUAUUACGUGGUACUGUCCGGAAGCUUUCAUCCUCAGCAAGCAGUGCAGGUCGCAGUGCAUAAAUCAUGGGAGGUACUGCGCCCCAGAUCCAGAGCAGGACUUCAGCAUUGGAUAUGAUGGAAGAGAUGUGGUGGUUCAGAACCUGAUUCAGAUUUGCUUGUUCAAGGUCGCUAACGAAACCCGCAAACCGUGGUUGUGGUGGGAUUAUGUGCAUGACUUUGCGAUCAGGUGCCCGAUGAAGGAUAAGAAAUACACGCGUGAUUGCGCUAAUGGUGUUAUUAAGUCACUUGGAUUAGACAUUGACAAGAUUAAUAAAUGUGUGGGAAACCCUGAAGCCGAUGAAGAGAAUCCAGUGCUCAAAGCAGAACAAGAUGCUCAAAUUGGUCAUGGUUCUCGAGGGGAUGUUACUAUACUACCGACUUUUGUCGUCAAUAACAGACAAUAUAGAGGAAAGCUGGAUAAAAGAGCCGUGCUAAGAGCAAUAUGCUCGGGAUUUGAGGAGACAACCGAACCUGAUAUUUGUUUGGCUCAAGAUAUACAAACAAAUCAAUGUUUGGAACACAACGGAGGUUGCUGGCUGGAUAGUUCCAAUAAUUUUACUGCAUGCAAGGAUACCUUCCGUGGGAGAGUUUGUGAAUGCCCUGUUGUCAAUGGUGUAAAGUUUGUUGGUGACGGGUACACCCACUGUGAAGCUUCUGGUGUUGGCAGAUGCCAAAUCAACAACGGAGGCUGCUGGAAGGAAACCAGGAACGGGAAGUCUGUCUCUGCCUGCUCAAAUGAAGAGACUAAAGGUUGCAAAUGCCCACCGGGUUUCAAGGGUGAUGGAAUACACAGUUGUGAAGAUGUUGAUGAAUGCAAAGAGAAACUUUUCUGCCAGUGCAAGGGCUGCAACUGUGAGAACACAUGGGGAAGCUACGAGUGUGGCUGUGGUGGUAACAAUAUGUUAUACAUGAGAGAGCAUGACACCUGUAUCAGCAAAGUUGCCAGUUCGUCGGUGGGCCAGGGCUUCCUCUGGGUUAUCUUCUUCGGCCUCGCUUUCGCAGGAGUUGGCGCAUAUGCUGUUUACAAGUAUCGGCUACGGAGUUACAUGGAUUCAGAGAUCCGUGCCAUCAUGGCCCAGUACAUGCCACUGGAGAACCACGAGAUGUCGUCGAUUCCGCAACGGCCCGUGGAGCACGCCGAUAUCUGAAACAUCAAGGGUUUAUCCAGAUCAAGAUUCAAGCAAAGAACUUCACUAGCCCUUCGUGAGCAGAAGGAGAUGGAUUGAUUCCCCAUUUAGCUUAGUAUGAUUCUGAAAGAUAAAAUAGCUGCACACCCUCUCUUUUUUCUCUUCUCUUCUGAAACUUGCAGAAGAACAGGUUAGGAUCUCACCGAAGUUAUAACUAGCCCUCCUCCUUGGCCCUUAGAGUAGUAGUCAUAAAUUUUGAGCUCGUGGUCUCCGUUCAGUAUCCUAUAACCCGCCAUGUGUUAGUAACAAUUUGUAAAUACCGUUGUUGUUUCAGACUGAACCAUGUUUACUGUCGUUGAUAGCAAUAAAAGAGAGACCAGAAGAGCGUUUUUAGCCUGCA